AUGCCAUCACAAACCCUACUCCCCGCCCUCCUCCUCCUCCUCCUCUCCUCCACCACCCCAGCCGCAGCCUCGUUCAACUGGGACAUCACCGCGCACGGCGUCGUCUCCGGCUGGCGCUGGGAGAAGCCCUGGCCGCACGACGACUCGCCGCUGAUGCAGUUCGACGAGCUCUGCCGCGCCUCGGCCACCUUUCCCGCCCGACAGUACAAGCUCUCCGACCUCGACGCCGAUCCCGCCGCGAGAGCCUACGCCCCGGCCGUGCGCGACCUCGCCACCGGCCGCGUCUACCCGGGCAGCUGGGACGGCGUCAACGUCAAGGGCCCGCGGCGCGACGUCCUGCUGGUCGACUGGGCCCGCGUCCCGCGCCUGGCCAGGGGCUGGAUACGGGCCCAGCUCGAGACCGAGGACGGCCGCAGCAGGCACUUUUUCAGGGUCGUCGAGAAGCAGGCCGAGAAGAUGCCCGGGCUGGGUGGCGGCGGCAGCGGCGUCGUCGUCGAGGGCGUGGUGGACUCGAGUCAGAGUUUGGAAGGCUCGAGGGACGAGCACAAGGUGCUGAUCACGGCACCCGGCGAGCUGUAUCAGUUCCUGCCCUUGUGGGUUGCCGAAGGGAGCAAGUGCGAAGACGCGUUCAAAGACCUGACCGGCUACGUCGCCACAAGAGCCAAGGACACGUGCGUCGUGGCCUGGCCGACGGACCACAGCAGACCGCUGCUCGAGCAGGGCAGCAAGGACAUCAACUUCACCAUCGAGGCGCGGCUGGUCAAGGAGACCGACGACGGGCGGGCCGCCCGCAUCUUUUGGGAAAAGCACCACCAAAACAUGCAGCGGCUGCACCGCAGGAUUGACCGCGAGGAGAGGGCCGCCAGCAGGAAGGGCGUGGAGAGGGACAGGGCGGCGCCGCGCGAUGAGCUGUGA